AUGUCAGGCUACAACGGCACUCCGCCGCAGCAUCGACCGGCAAGGUCACGGCCACCGCCGGGCUCGCCGGCUUCAGCUGCCCCGCUCACCCGCGCCACUUCCUCUUCAGCACGACCAUACCACGACGCCAAUGUUUCCGAGCUCUGCACACUCGACACCUUUCAGAACGACUUUAACACAAAUGACUUUAUCGCCCAACUCACCUCAAAGCUGGUUCAGCGCUCCAAAGCAGACCCAGGUCCUUUCAAUCCAAGACCGUUCAUCCGCACUUUUGAAUCUGCGUUGGAUCAACUUGUUCAGAUUCGCUCGCAGGUCGAUGCUCAAUCUCAACAGCUGUCUUCCUCGGUGCAUGUAGCCGAGUCCGCCUACGCCAAGAAGCUCGACGAGCUCUCCAAAAACUUCGUUGCAGUUGGCAACUCCUUUACCAGCCUCGAGGACCGCAUUUCCGAGGUCGGAAGAACCGCCAUACGCAUCGGAGAGCAGCUCGAAACCAUUGACAAGCAGCGCAACCGCGCUAGCGAAGCGCACGACCUCAUCGAAUUUUACUACAUGUUUGCUCGUGGCGAUACUUCCAAGCUCGAACGCUUGCGCAAAGAGGGCGGCCGCGAAGGCAGAAUGAAAACGGCCGUCAUUGCGCGGCGUCUUGCCGCCAUCAGUCGGGAAGUCGACGUUGCAGGCAGCGAACAGACUCGCGACUCUAUCGACCGCUACUGUGAACGAUUCGAGAGAGACAUGCUCAAGCUCUUCGACAAAUUCUACCGCAGGUCGGAUCCCAAGAUGAUGUCGCACAUCGCCAAGGUCCUCCAGGGUUUCAACGGUGGUGCGAGCUGUGUACAAAUCUACGUCAACCAGCACGACUUCUUCAUUUCUAAAGACCGUGUCGGAGAAGCCAACGGCAUCGAGCUCAGCCAAAUUUGGACGCAUAUGGCCGACCCGGACUAUCCGCCGCCGCGAUCCGAGCCCUCACUCUCGGCGCUCUUCAACGAGAUCCGACAGACGGUCGAAAUCGAGGCACAGAUCAUCUCGGCCGUCUUUCCCAGUCCGCUGGUCGUCAUGCAAACGUUCUUGCAGCGAGUCUUUGCGCAAUCUGUCCAGGGAUUUGUCGAGGUCAUCAUGGAUAAAGCGAUGCAGGUUAACGCGCCGAGCUUUGUUGGUGCAGGUGGCACGAUUGAUCCAAAGACAGCGGCACUCGAAUUGAACUCGGCUUCCAGCUCGCAACCCACCGUGUCUCAGCUCGCCUUUCUCCGAGCCUUGCAUAUGGCAAGAUCCAGCGCUUUGAGCUUGGUCAACGAUCUCAAGUUGUACGACUACCGAGGCGCUGGCAUCGUCGGUCCGUCACACUCAGUUGGCGGCGAUGGUGCCAAUGGUGGUACCGGCGUUCAGGGCGGCGAUGGAUCAGGUUCACUGACCCUGCUUGGCAACGACGCUGUAGCUGCCGCGGGUCACCUGGCCGGUGCUUCUGCGAGCCCCUUGGCUGCCAUGCUGGAUCAGUCGGUCGAGGAGCUCUUUGUGCCCUACAUGGAAGGCAUUCGCUAUAUCGAUAGAGAAUCGCGCAGUUUGGCCGAUCUGUUCGCAGGGCUACUGUUCAAGUUUAUCACUUUCCACCGCACAGCUGCCACUACCAAGCGAGACAAAGCCGCCGGCAACACGAUUUUCAAUCGCAUGCGCAACCAGAUCUCAGCCACGUCGGACGCUUCGUCCUCAACUUCCAGUCUGGCAGCAAGUUCGACAGCGACUCAUGCGAGCACAGCUGCUAGCUCCACGACUACGACAUCGAAAACGUCCUUCUUCAAGCUUUCCAACCUUGCGGAUCGUGUUCGUGGCACACACACCAAUACCGUCAACACCAACAACUUAUCCGCUGGCGCGACGAGCGCGAUGCCCACGUCGGCCGAAUCUAGCGUGGACGGUCACCAUGUUGCAGGCGGCGCUCACGUUGAGGACGAAAUUGAUGAUGUGGACGGCGACCUAUCGCUCGACAUCGCCGAAAAGAUGCUGCGAUGGCAUGCCGAGUCGAUCGGCAGGUGUGUCGACCUCAGUUCGCCGUCUGAGGUGCCCAAGGCCACGUUUGCGCUGCUUCGCGUACUCACUUCGGCGUACAUCAAGACGUAUGUCGAGACAGCGCUCGACUCUGCUCUGGCCGCAGCCACUGCGCAGGAUAUUCGUGGAACUACUGUUCCUGAUCCUUCUGCUGCCAUGGCGUUGGUGCGGUCUGUGGAACUCAUUAUCUCGUUGUGGCAGCACUAUGUCAACACGGCGCUGUUGCCGCUCGCCAGCACCAGCGUCACUUCGCGCCGAGAGAUGAUGAUCUUCAACAACCACAACCUGCUUCGUGUCGAAGGCAAGUGCGAUGCGUUGAUGCAAAAAAUUGCCGACAACAUUGUUGGCUUCCUCUCAAACCGGCUUGCAACGCAAAAGAAGAACGACUUCACACCCAAGAACGAUGACCUUGCCUUUGCGAGGCAGAACACGGAGCCGUGCGUUGCGUGCUCCGAGGCUCUGGAGAAGGUGCAACAAGCUGCGAGGGCCAACCUGAGCUUCUCGUCGAGCCGUAUGGUCACCUCGUCCAGCGGUACUAUCAAUGCUCGUGGCUCCCCCAAACCGGCGCAGCAGCGGCCUAGCUCGAGCCGUGCGAUUCGUGGAACAGCAUCGAUGGACGGCACGGAGGGAACGGGUGCGCGUGUGAACUGGACUGACAUGGACGCGAUUGGUGAUGCAGACGGAAUCGAUGACGAUGACGAUGAUCAGCAUCGGCGGAGCCAUCUAUCGCGCAAUGCAGAGACGUUCCUCACCGAGAUCGGCGUCGCCUUCCACGGCUUGCUGCUCGACCACCUGCGCAAGUACACGGUCAGCGCGGCGGGCGGUAUCAUGCUGACGAAGGACCUGGCGAUGUAUCAGGACGCCAUUGGUACAUUCAACAUCCCUGUACUCUCAGAUCGGUUCGACAUGUUGCGACAGCUAGGUAACCUGUUUAUUGUACAGGCGUCGGUGCUCAAGUCAUACAUGCGCGAGGGACACCUGGCCAAGAUCGACGAGCGAUUGCUACGACCCUACCUGCUGCGGAGGGCAGACUACGCAAAGGAGGUGAGAGACUUGGACGCUGGACCGGUCCCGACCACGCCGACAACGGCGGCGGCUGCGAACAACCCGUUUGGAAUGGGUGGGGAUGCGUUUGCGACGGCGCCAGGUGGCGCUCGUGAUCUGUUCGGGCACUUGCCAGGACUGAUCAACGGGGCGAGUGGCAGUCCUGCUGGUGGUGCGACAUCGACUUCUGCGUCAGGCUCGGCGGGUGGCAAGUCGCCAGAGGAGGUGAGGCUGCAACGGUUGGGGGACGUAUUGUCGCAUCUGGAGAGGUUCAGCCUGGGAACGUCAGGUGCGCCACAGCAAGCGAAAGAGCAGAAGUAG